AUGAGUAUAGACAUUAAUUUGAAGUUCGUCAAUUUUAAUAAUAAUAAUUUAAAUUGUAAUAUGGGAAUAUCUAAUAGUUUAAAUCAAAUUACUUGGAAAUAUUAAUAAGAAAUUUCCUAUUUUGUAAUUGUGAUACAAUUUUUUCUUAAUAAAACUGUCAUUACAGUUGUUAAGAAUGCGAUGGCCCAACUAAAGAAGAUUGUUUAUCUUAUUCAAAAGAAUCAAAAAGAAUAUAUUUGCCUGAACACAAGGUAUGUGUUUGUCCUUACAAUACAAUUGAUGAUUAAAUUUGUAUUGGCUAUAAAGAAGCAGGUUUAGAAUUAAUUGACGAACCCUCUGUAUUUAAUGAGUGUCAAUAUGGUUAUUUUGAAUUAGAGAAUCAAUGCCAAAAAUGGUAAUUAUUACUUAUUAUAUAUUUAGCCUUUUUUACUUAGAAAAAGAUUAAGUCACUUGCAGGAAUACUGAAAAUGAGUGACACUUAGUAAAUAAUUUUUGAUUGUAAUUAUUUUAUUGUAGACUCUCUAUAUCAAUAGAGAAUUAACAAUAACUUUUUAAAUGCUACAACUCCUUUUUACUAUGAAUGUAAAUUUUCAAAUUGUUUUAGAUUAUCUAAAUUUAUUUGUAAAGAACUUUUUGUAUCAAUUAAAGGGGUUGUAUGUUAACCAAGCAAAUUUUAUUUUAAUUAAUCAACAACAAUUGGCAAAUCAAAUUAUGAUUGUUUAACACCUAAUUAUAGAACAUCUACAAAUGAGUGUAAAUUAUGUCCAAAAAAGAAUUGUAAAUACUGCUUUGAAUAUGAUGAAUUUUCCUUCAGAUGUGCCUUAAAUAAAAAUUUUGAAAAAAAAGCUUUAAUACAGAUUAAAUGAUAUUAAUUGGAUGUGCUAUAUGUAAUGAUGGCUUUAGUUUUGACUUUACGAUUGGGAGUGUUUAAGGUAAAAAUCGAAAAUAUCAACUUGUUUAAGAUCAUUUAUCAAUUUGGAUGGUAUUGAACUAUGUGCUCUCUCAUCUUAGAAUGAUUUUAGUGUUGCACCUGAAAUUAUAAAUUGCGAAAAAUAUUAUUCUAAUUGUUUACAAUGUGUCCUCUCUCCAAAAUGAAAGCUACAAUGUGUAUUUUGUAGAGAAGGUUAUGUGAGUUCUAUUAUAACAGGGAACUGUCAAUCGCCUUUAAAUCUUUAUUUUAUUGAUGAAAACAGCUCUUAUUUAAUAUAAGGAGACUUUGGUGAAGUCGAUGGUUAUAUUCAAAUGA